AUGGCAAUACGGUUCCAAGAUGGUGUAAGUCGUGUAGUUGAUUGGGUCUCUGGGGGCCGCAAUAGCCGAAAGCUGAAGAGCACUCUCGAAAGCCUUCAAUCCGAGGUUGACCUGCUUCGAUAUGAGAACCAAGGACUCCGUGAGACAAUUAUUCAGGAGAAGAAGCGCAGGCAGCGCGAUAAAGCCUUGAAAGAUCUACUUUUUGAUCGAACAGAUCCUAACGCAGCCCAGGUGUUUAGCCCAGCGAAAGUCGCACAAGCUCGCGUAAAGAAGGCAGAAAUAGACGCACAACGGAAAGAGGAGGCACUAAAGAAGGAAGCCCAAAAGGUUCAGCGGCAGAAGAAGGCAGCAGAGCAGAAAGCUCUAGCCCUAGAGAGAAGGAGGCAACGUGAGGCAGAAACAGAGAGGAAACGGCAGGCAAAAGAAGCCAGACAACAAGAGAGGGAGGAAAAUCGGCAGAUCCGACGAGAUCUCGAGCGCCAGAAUCUAGAAAUAGCACAUAAAAUGGAACAUGAAGGACAGCCGGCUUUGGACGGUCGCGAAAAAAGUGCGGAUGUUGAGGAUGAAAUAAUCGUCGCUCUUCCACCUACACGGGAGCCACCGGCAGCAUGGAAGACGCCAGAUCCACCGAGACAAAAUGCGAAACUGAAGGCAAUAGCCACUCCAAACCGCACUGCUAGCCCAAAAAAGCCAUUUCUCGUUGUUGAGAAUGAUCGGGAGAUGGUGGUGGCAUUUCGGGACUCUAGGAGGCCGCAGCGCAAUAGCAAGCGGCCGCGAUGGCUCGAGGACUAUGAAAUAGAAUGA